AUGUGCUCUAGGAGCUGUUCCCGUUGGAUUGGAGUAUCUCUGUACCCAUUGGUGCUCACAUCCAUCAUCUGUAACAUAGUACUGUUCUUUCCUGGCUGGGACGUCAAGUAUGCCAAAGAAGGACACAUUACACAGGAGGUGCAGUACUUUGGGGGAAUCGUUGGAGGAGGUUUAAUGAUGUUGAUCCCAGCAAUUUAUUUCCACUUGGCUGCAGAAAACGGGUGCUGUGGAAUCCGCUCUGGGAUGUUCUUACCCAUUCUGUUGGCUGCGGCGGGGGCGGCCGGUGGCGUGUACAGUUUCGUUGUGGCAUUGCUUGGUGUGUACAAUGGGCCCUUCUGCGGUGUAUUUGGUGGAAUUUGGACAAGACCUUUCCAAAAGAGUUAUUUCAUUUACCUGAUCAACCACACCCUGUGGGCCAUCUGCUCAGAGCCCGAGAACGUGGUGCAGUUCAACACCGGGUUGUUCUGUACCCUGAUGGCCACUAGCUGUGUGCAGGUGCUGCUCUGUGCCAUCCAGAUGCUCAACGGCCUCGUCGGCUGCCUGCGUGGAGCCUGCAACAACAAGGCAUUUUAUCACGUUAACUAUAACCCCAACAUUUUCAUUGCUUUCCUUUGCUUUGUCUUGUGAAUUUAGUUGUUUGUUUUUUUGCCUUCCAGGAACCUUAAAUUCCAGGUCCACGUGGUGAAGAUGUUUUGCAUCACAUCUGAUGAAUGGACGGGCGCCCCCGUGCAGGAGGGCUAGGACUCGUGUUUCUGUUUCGGCAUAAAACAUUCACAUAUUUAAUUAAAAUGUGCAUUUCAAGAUGCUUCACGCGGUUUCGAUGCAUUAGCGUGUCUUGUGAACAAAGCACGGUAAAUCCUUUAUGAUAAUUACGUGGUUGUGCUUUAAUAAAUUGGCUUACAUUAAAAAGUUUGCGGAUCCAAAAUUCUGCCUCGUGUUGAAUCGUAGAACAAGACUAAAUGUCACUCAAUAAUAUGCCAACAUUUAUAUCAUAUGUUUUCAUGUGUUGUAUCAGAUUGAUAGACAUAAACAUCUGAAGAGAAGACCAACAUCCUAGAUCCUUA